AUGGAGGAGGGCUUCGUUCGAGGGAUGAAGAUCAUCAUCCAAGAAGUGUUCUUAAAGUGGAAAAACACGCUGCUGCUAUUUGUUCCCGCCUUUCUAUACGCGGUGCAAAACAAUCUCCUCCUCGUAGCCAUCACCCAUCUCGAUUCUGCAGUUUACUCUGUUACCUACCAGAUGAAGAUUCUUACAACCGCCCUCUUCUCCGUUUUCCUUCUCCACAAAAAGCUUACUCUCCGUCAGUGGAUCGCUUUGAUCAUUAUCGUGCCGGGUGUGGGAUUAGUGGAGCUGAGCAGCAAAUCCGCCACCGCGAAAGUGAGCACCACCGAACAGAACCCGCUUCUAGGCUUCCUCUGCAUCGUGAUCUGCUCUCUGACGAGCGGUUUUGCGGGCGUUUUCUUCGAAAUGGUGCUGAAGGGAAAGAAGAAAAACAACAUUUGGAUUCAGAGCAUUCAGCUCUGCCUGGCGACUUGCUUCUUCUGCUGUCUGAAUGCAGCCACGACGGAUCUGCCUCGAAUUCGAUCCGAGGGAUUCUUUGUGGGCUACAAUAAGUGGACAUGGAUCACGAUUAUGUUGAAUGGAUUUUCCGGAGUGCUCAUCGCCGCCGUUGUGAAUUAUACAGAUAAUAUUGUAAAGGGAUUGUCGAAUUGCUUAUCCAUGGUGUUGUCCUGCAUUGAUAUCCUUUCGAUUUGA